AUGAUGACAAGUGACACAAGUGAAGAUGCCAACGGGGGAGAAAACGAUAGCCUCCAUGAGAAUGCAGAAAAUAGGAAUGACGAGGAGGACAUAAAAUAUAAAAAACCAGAGACGCACACAAAUUUUUGGAAAUCCUUCGGACUUGGUACCAAAGCAGGAAAGCUCCUUUACCACCUGUACGGGGAGAAAAGCAAAAUAACCCCCGCUCUUAUCAGCACGAAGAGGGCUACUAAGGAUGACCAACAGAUGAGUGAACCUGCUGAAGUGGAGAGGAGACGUCCCCAAGUCAGCUACCCGGAGUUCAAAAAGCCCGUCCGGAAGGAACACCCAAUAGACACUAUACCGCAUAGGAAGCCCCUGGCGAAGAUCCUGGAGGACACAAAAAAUUAUGAAUGCAUCAAAGAGCUUCCUGCACGGAUUGAACAGAAUCGAAUUCUGGAAAAAAAAAAACUUAGCGAACUUUUCUUUGGUUACAAAUGUAAAGUCCUCCCCCCCAGUUGCUCUCCAGCCGUCUUAACGGAAGAGGAGAAAAGGGAGGCAAUUCAAACAGCUGAGAAAACUUUCUCAGACAUGAGGAAUUCCAGUUGCAAAGAAGACAACAUUAAGGAAGGUAUGAAAAUUUAUCUAGCCGAGUUGAUGACAGAACUUAGAGAAAAGGUGGACCAGUACAAUCAGCUUGUCUCCCUUGGAGUGCCACACAAGGACGGUGUCUCUCCGACGGAUAAAGAAUGCAACGAAUAUGAAUAUAAAAAAAUUCAGCUGGUCAACGAAAUUGAGGCUUGCAAAAGGAACAUUCAGAAGACGAACGCUGUGCUGGAGUCGUCCAAGUGA